UCAGCUGAUGGUCACGUGACUAUCACAUGAUCAGUAUAUUAUGACACAGGCAUCGGUGUUGUGUUUUAGAUCAGGCUAAACGAACGCGAAAACAAUGCGGAGUGCUGUUUUUGUUCUGAGCUUAAUUUGGCUCGUCAGUGGAGAGCUGCUUGAGGCUGAUCAAGAUGCUUCUGUGCCUGAGGACUGGAUUCUGGUGGGACGUGUGGGAUCUUUGGAGGAAGUGGAACUUACAUUUGCACUGAAGCAGCAGAAUGUUAACCAGAUGGAGGAGUUACUGAAACUAGUGUCAGACCCGGAUUCACAUCAAUAUGGGAAGUAUCUGAGUUUGGAAGAAGUCGCUGCUCUUGUUCGGCCAUCUCAGCUGACCGAGAAAGUAGUGCAGAAUUGGCUCCAGAGUCAUGGGGUCAAAAACUGUCACACGGUUGUUACACAGGACUUCCUUCAAUGUGUCAUGACUGUGCAGGUGGCUGAAAAAUUGCUCCCUGGCACUAAAUUUCAUCGUUACAGGAGAGGUUCAAACACUCUGUUGAGAUCAACAUCUCUGUACUCCGUUCAUGAAGAUGUGCAUCAGCAUCUAGACUUUGUGGGUGGUGUUCACCGUUUUCCACCAAAAGGAAAGGGUAUCAGUAAAGGCUGGGAAGGAGCAAGACAAUCAGCAUUAGGCUUUCACCUGGGCGUCACCCCCUCAGUCCUUAGGAGUCGCUACAACCUCACAGCAAAAGAUGUGGGCACUGCCACUAACAACAGUCAGGCAGUGGCACAGUUCUUGGAGCAGUACUACCACCCCGCUGACUUGUCUGAGUUUAUGAGUCUGUUUGCUAGAGGAUUCACACACAUGUCAGCUGUAGAGCGGGUCGUGGGCACUCAGGGCGGUGGGAAAGCCGGCAUUGAGGCCAGUCUGGAUGUGGAGUACAUCAUGAGCAGUGGAGCAAACAUUUCUACAUGGGUCUUCACAAAUCCAGGUCGUCAUGAGUCUCAGGAGCCGUUCCUUCAGUGGAUGCUGCUGCUCAGCAACAUGUCUGCAUUGCCUUGGGUCCACACCAUCAGCUAUGGAGAUGAUGAGGACAGCCUUUCUGAUGCCUAUAUGAACCGCAUCAACACCGAGUUCAUGAAAGCUGGCCUCAGAGGGAUUUCCAUGCUCUUUGCUUCUGGUGACAGUGGAGCAGGUUGUAGACACUUGACCAAGGAAAGAAAUACUUUUAGACCGAGUUUUCCUGCAUCCAGUCCCUAUGUGACCACUGUGGGGGGGACUUCUUUCAAGAACCCCUUCAAACUUACCUACGAGGUCACCGAUUACAUCAGUGGAGGUGGCUUCAGUAAUGUGUUUGCAAGGCCAGGUUAUCAGGCUGGUGCUGUUGACGCGUAUAUGAAGAGUGUUCAGCCUCUACCUCCUCAGACAUAUUUCAACAUCACUGGAAGAGCCUAUCCAGAUCUAGCUGCGCUUUCUGACAACUACUGGGUCGUUUCCAACCGGAUACCUGUGCCAUGGGUCUCUGGGACUUCGGCAUCAACUCCAGUAGUGGGCGGGAUUCUCUCCCUCAUAAACGACCAGCGCUUCCUGAAGGGACUUCCCUCAUUAGGAUUCAUCAACCCUCGCCUUUACAAACUGCAAGGCAAAGGUCUUUUUGAUGUAACAGAGGGAUGUCACCUGAGUUGUCUGGAUGAUACAGUUGAAGGGAAGGGUUUCUGUGCCUCCCCUUCAUGGGAUCCAGUAACAGGAUGGGGAACACCCAAUUAUCCUGCUCUUCUUAAAGCUCUUAUGAAUUGAGCUGCUGCUUGUUUAGUCAGAUUGCAAAAGAAAGGGCCACCCUUUUGCACUUUUUUUUUUUUUUUUUUUUUUUUUUUACUCUGAAAGAUAUGGUUUUAAAAAAAAUUGCUGAAUCAUCUAAAUGACUCAUUGUAUAAUCAUAUCAAGAUCUCAUGUUGCCAAUCAUUUAAGAAUUAUUUUCACAAAAGAAUGUUCUUUCAGUGUAAAAUGAACCUUUGAUGACUAGCUGCUUAACCCACCCACAGUUCCCCUCGUUUAACAGGUUGUGCAACAGUAGAUGAGGUUGAUUUGUCCUAAUGUAAAGGAUCAGGGUUUUACAAGUGUCUUUGGUGUGACAGAAAAUAUCAAUGAAUUUGAUCUACUUCAUACAUUUUUAUAUAUAUAUAUAUAUAUAUAUAUAUAUAUAUAUAUAUAUAAAUAAUUUUUUAGGAGACAAAGUUCAAUAAAGUGCAAUAUUUCCUAAUGAUAAAUUUCAGUUCCUUUUAAAUAGGCUAAACUAGAUCCUUUUAUCAUAAAUGUUAGGAUGUUCCAAGGUUUAGAUGAAGCAUGUGCUGAAACCAGCCUAAUUAUUAAACAUACUUGAGAACUGUAUAAACCAAUGGCCUGUUUUUGACAUUUUUAACUGGGUUGAUUUGACAGACUUUUGAAGAGGUCCUCAGGGAAUUAAAUCAUGAAUGGAUUUGUUGGCCUGGAACUACUAGGUUGGUGGUAAGAUUGAGAAUUUUUUUUUUCUAUUAGAUGUCUGGUGCACUGAAUGUUAUUUGAGCAACAGGUCCAACUUGUUUUUUUGUUUUUUUUGUUUGUUUUGAAAAUUGCAAAGCCUUCAGGAUUCUCUCUGAAAGGUUCAUUAAUAUUUUGAUGACUGGUGUUUCAUUUCUUUGCUUGAAAAAUACAAAUUAAAGUUUUUAUAUUGAAAUAAAAUGUCUUUUGUGAGCUUA